AUGGCGGUCAAACGUGCUGACCGACUGGCGUUGAAAAGGAAGCCGAGAGUGAGUGAAGCUGAGGACGAGACGACGUCUGCCGCGUCCAUCCAAAGCCAGUUGUUGGAUUUGAUGGAUGCCGCACAACGAACAACAGCUACCGAGGAACGAAACACUUUACUCAUCACCAUCUCCAUCAUUUACUCCACUACCACCGGAAACAACUGCAACAAAUUUGUCGAUUCGGAGGUGGCGGCUGUAAAGAACAAACGAUACGAUCGCAAGCGAUUCCAAACGUGCUUUGGUCCAUAG